CUAAAGCUGCAGCAGGAGGAGCAGCCAAGAUACACAGAUAAGCUGAGCACAUCCCUGCCAUACACACAGUAGGUCAAAGAGUGAAACUGAAAAAGAUGUUUGCCUUACAGAAACCUGAGGCUACUCCACACCAGUCACCCUUUCAUGAUGUGAAGCCCAUGGCAAGCUUGACAUUUCCAAUUCCAAGUGACAAAGAACGGAAGCAAGAUACCAAUUUCAACAUCCUGGAGGAAGCAUAUGACAAGAAUGAGAACUGGAGACAAGUGAAGAGCUUAGGGGAUGAAGAAGAGGAAAAAAUAAAGGCAGAAGAUAACAAGACAUCUUUGGAGGAUAACAGGACCUUAAUGAAGAAGAGAGCAAUGGAGCAGAUGAAGACAGCCAGGUCAGAGGGAAUCAGUGUAUCUUCAUCAGAGGAAGAGGUAAGGAGUCCACCAGAAGGGGCAGAGAUAAUGCAGCUAGGAGAAGAUAACUUGACUGAAGACACAGAGAAAGAGUGUGAUGCAUGGGUAGGUUCACCAUUAGAAGACAUUGGAUAUGCCAGCAGUUCACUAAGCAUAGAUAGUCCUGACAGUAUUUCUGGUAAAAUAUUUGAGGAUACCAAUGCCCCUGUACAAACAGAAACUCCACAAAAUGAUCCAGAGACUGAAGACUCGGAAGCCGAGUCCUCUUCAGACUCAGACACCCUCUCAAUCACACUUUCAGAAGCUUUCCAGAGCCUACAGGACAAGGAGAGACUUAAAGAACAAGAGAAGGAGAAACAUCAUGUGCAGCUGACAAUGUACAGACGACUGGCUCUCUUGAGGUGGAUCAGAUGUCUUCAACAGAGGGUGAAGGAUCAGCAAAACAGACUUCAAGAAAGCUUUGACACAAUCCUGGACAACCGCAAGGAAUUCCUGAGAUGCAUGCAGCAUGGUUGCAACAAGACUUCUAGCAAGGAAGCAGCAUGAGUCUUCUUGAAGAGGAUAUACGCAGUUCCUCUCAUCUCAAAAUCUGCAUUUCACUGUCCACCUAAGGUCCUGAAACCUGUAUGUACUAGCAUGGAUUGCUGUGCUCCUAAAUGCAAAGGAAAUAUGAGGUUUGAAGCUAGGAAACCGGACUCAUCAAACAAAAGCCCAUGGUUGCCUCAUCACUGUACAUGGCUUAUCUACUGAAACAGUGGAGAGAAAUGUAAAGCUUACGUUUUACUUGAAAAGUGUAAAUGAAAUUGCAAAAACAUACCAAAAACAUUUCUACAUUCCAUAUAAUAUUUAUGUAUAAUGUUCUCUUUUAAUUUACUGUAUUGCCAUAUAAAAUCAAUCUGUUGAAUAAAUAUGUACUAUACAAACCAUUAACCCACUAAUCUCCUUGUGCUUAAAAUAAAAUUAAAAAUUGA